AUGGUUAAUUACCGCCAAUCUGGUUUGAACACAAUCGUUGAGAAAGUUCAGAUCAUUGAUCUCGAGAACGCAGCCUAUCUUCCUAAAGGAAGGUGUAUUAAAGGGAUGUUAGCUGGCAAUGAUAGCUGGCGCAGUCCGGAAGGUCACUUCAAGGGCGAGCUCAACAAACCUUCCGACAUCUUUUCCUUUGCAGCUGUCUGCAUCUAUGCUAUGCUAGGACAAGUUAUCUUCGGGGCCGAUGAGGACUUACGGAAACAUGAAUCACGCGGUGCAUUCCCUCACGUCAUUCGUCUGCAACGUCAAGUUUCUUUUUUUGGCGAUCAAGAGGGAUUGAACGGGCUUAUGACGCAUGUUGGAGAUGAGGAAGUCAACUGCAAAGUUCUGGGGCUUCUUUGGGACGAUCGAGUGGCAGACUAUCAUUCCUACAGACCGUUCUCAAAGUGGCCGAAUGACACUGAGGACGAUUUCAAGGAUCUCAUCCGGAGAAUGACAAACUUGGAUCCUCUAAAGCGGACAACUGCGCGCGAAGCUUUGGAGCAUCCGUGGUUUUCUGGCUGUGAAAUUGAUUAA